ACUCUUUCGUCACUUCCGCUCGGCGACAGGAAGUGAGGUCAGACCGGUUGCUUUCCCGGGAGUUCGGCGUUUGCUGCGGCUGUAGCAGCUGAAGUAUAGUGUUUUCCUGGGACUGGCGGUCUCCACUUCUCUCCCGGGUUCCAUCUUCCCCCCGCCCGGUGGUGAGGCCCUCGAGGAGGGCUUGGAAGGGAGUAACUAUCCGCGCUAGACGAAGACGAGGCCCGGGAACGCAUGGCCCCCAGGGCAGGUUAGGGGGCUGGAGGGGGCAAAUCCCAGGGUACCUGUGGAGACUGUUUAGCGUGGCUUCUUCUGUCUGCUGAGACCCCGAGAGCUUUCCCAGUUCUCCUCCCAGGACCACCGGGGUUCCUGAAGAUCGGGACUUUUCUGCGCCCCUCCCCCAACAGCCCAUCUCCUGCCUAUGAAGAAAGACCCUUCGUAGAAACAACUUCCCCGCUGCUGACGCGUUUUCCCGUCCCGUCCCCGAAGUAGUCUACUAUGACCUCGUUGUGAGCCUCUGAACGAUUUUUGACACUUUCCCGAGGCCUAGGGUAUUGUAUCCUAACCGUACUGACCCCAGAGGUGCUUGCCAUUAUGGGAAAUCAGCUUGCUGGCAUUGCUCCGUCCCAGAUCCUUUCUGUGGAGAGUUAUUUUUCAGAUAUUCAUGACUUUGAAUAUGAUAAAAGCCUGGGGAGUACUCGGUUUUUUAAAGUUGCUCGAGCCAAGCACCGAGAAGGCCUGGUUGUUGUGAAGGUUUUUGCAAUUCAGGAUCCCACAUUGCCUUUAACCAGCUAUAAACAAGAGCUGGAGGAACUGAAAAUCAGGCUUAAUUCUGCACAGAAUUGUCUACCUUUCCAGAAAGCAUCAGAAAAAGCAUCUGAGAAAGCAGCUAUGCUCUUUAGGCAGUAUGUGCGAGACAAUCUCUAUGAUCGUAUCAGUACCCGUCCAUUCUUGAAUAACAUUGAGAAGCGCUGGAUUGCUUUCCAGAUCCUGACAGCUGUGGACCAAGCACACAAAUCUGGAGUUCGUCAUGGGGACAUCAAGACUGAGAAUGUGAUGGUCACCAGUUGGAAUUGGGUUCUUCUAACUGACUUUGCCAGUUUUAAGCCCACUUAUCUUCCAGAAGACAACCCGGCAGAUUUCAAUUAUUUCUUUGACACAUCACGGAGGAGAACUUGCUAUAUUGCUCCCGAACGUUUUGUUGACGGUGGGAUGUUUGCCACUGAGUUAGAAUAUAUGAGAGAUCCCUCAACUCCACUUGUAGACUUAAAUAGCAAUCAGAGAACAAGAGGAGAGUUGAAGAGAGCAAUGGACAUCUUUUCAGCAGGUUGUGUGAUAGCUGAGCUUUUUACAGAAGGUGUACCAUUAUUUGAUCUCUCUCAACUUUUGGCUUAUAGAAAUGGACAUUUUUUCCCUGAACAAGUGCUAAAUAAAAUUGAAGAUCGCAGUAUCAGAGAAUUGGUAACUCAGAUGAUUCACCGUGAGCCAGAUAAACGUUUAGAGGCAGAAGAUUACUUAAAACAGCAGCGUGGCAACGCCUUUCCUGAAAUAUUUUACACUUUUCUUCAGCCCUACAUGGCCCAGUUUGCCAAGGAAACGUUUCUUUCUGCAGAUGAGCGUAUUCUGGUUAUACGGAAGGAUUUGGGCAACAUUAUUCAUAAUCUCUGUGGACAUGAUCUGCCAGAAAAAGCCGAAGGAGAGCCUAAGGAAAGUGGGCUGGUUAUCUUGGUAUCUGUUAUAACAUCCUGCCUACAGACCCUUAAAUACUGUGAUUCCAAACUAGCUGCUUUGGAACUUAUUCUUCAUUUGGCUCCAAGAUUAAGUGUUGAAAUCCUUUUGGAUCGUAUUACUCCAUAUCUUUUGCAUUUCAGCAAUGACUCUGUUCCUAGGGUGAGGGCCGAAGCCUUGAGGACGUUGACCAAAGUUCUUGCUCUCGUCAAAGAGGUUCCUCGUAAUGAUAUCAAUAUUUAUCCGGAAUACAUUCUGCCAGGCAUAGCCCACUUAGCCCAAGAUGAUGCUACUAUCGUUAGACUAGCCUAUGCUGAAAACAUAGCUCUGCUGGCAGAAACAGCUCUGAGAUUCCUGGAAUUAGUACAGUUAAAAAAUCUUAAUACGGAAAAUGACCCCAAUAAUGAAGAAAUAGAUGAAGUUACACAUCCAAACGGAAAUUAUGACACUGAGCUCCAAGCCUUACAUGAAAUGGUCCAGCAGAAAGUUGUUACUUUGCUAAGUGACCCUGAAAAUAUUGUAAAACAAACCUUGAUGGAAAAUGGAAUAACACGGCUGUGUGUAUUCUUUGGACGUCAGAAAGCCAAUGAUGUUUUGUUGUCCCACAUGAUUACUUUCCUAAAUGAUAAGAAUGAUUGGCAUCUACGUGGAGCAUUUUUUGAUAGUAUAGUUGGUGUUGCUGCUUAUGUUGGCUGGCAAAGCUCCUCGAUUCUCAAGCCCCUGCUGCAACAAGGUCUUAGUGAUGCUGAGGAAUUUGUCAUUGUGAAAGCUCUUUAUGCCCUUACUUGUAUGUGCCAGUUAGGACUGCUACAAAAACCCCAUGUUUAUGAAUUUGCCAGUGAUAUUGCCCCCUUCCUGUGUCAUCCCAAUUUAUGGAUACGUUAUGGUGCCGUGGGAUUUAUCACAGUGGUAGCUCAUCAAAUAAGUACAGCUGAUGUCUACUGUAAACUGAUGCCUUAUCUUGACCCAUAUAUUACCCAACCAAUAAUACAGAUUGAAAGAAAACUUGUUCUGCUCAGUGUUUUAAAGGAACCAGUAAGCCGUUCUAUAUUUGAUUAUGCUUUGAGGUCUAAAGAUAUUACGAGCUUGUUCAGACAUCUUCACAUGCGUCAGAAGAAACGAAAUGGUUCUCUUCCCGACUGCCCUCCGCCAGAGGAUCCUGCCAUAGCACAGCUUCUGAAGAAGCUGCUCUCACAGGGAAUGACAGAGGAAGAGGAAGACAAACUUCUGGCACUGAAAGACUUCAUGAUGAAAUCUAAUAAAGCAAAGGCCAAUAUAGUGGACCAGAGCCAUCUUCAUGAUAGUAGUCAGAAAGGUGUAAUUGACUUGGCGGCUUUAGGCAUAACUGGGAGACAAGUUGAUCUUGUUAAAACCAAACAAGAACCAGAUGACAAACGGGCCAGAAAACAUGUAAAACAAGACUCAAAUGUAAAUGAAGAAUGGAAAAGCAUGUUUGGGUCACUGGACCCACCAAACAUGCCACAGGCCCUACCUAAAGGGAGUGAUCAGGAGGGGAUUCAGACUGGGAAACCUCCUCGUUCCGAGUCCUCUGCUGGCAUUUGUGUCCCUUUGUCAACUUCUCCACAGGUUCCAGAAGUGACAACUGUCCAAAAUAAAAAACCAGUAAUACCGGUUUUAAGUAGUACAAUUUUACCAUCCACCUAUCAGAUUCGAAUUACAACUUGUAAAACUGAACUUCAGCAACUCAUCCAGCAAAAGCGGGAGCAGUGCAAUGCUGAGAGAAUAGCUAAGCAGAUGAUGGAAAAUGCUGAAUGGGAGAGUAAACCACCACCACCUGGAUGGCAUCCUAAAGGGCUGUUAGUUGCCCAUCUUCAUGAGCAUAAAUCUGCUGUGAAUCGAAUUAGAGUCUCUGAUGAACACUCACUUUUUGCAACAUGUUCAAAUGAUGGCACAGUGAAAAUCUGGAACAGUCAAAAGAUGGAGGGGAAGACCACCACUACCAGAUCUAUUCUUACAUACAGCCGAAUUGGAGGACGAGUCAAGACGCUCACAUUCUGCCAAGGCUCCCACUAUUUAGCCAUAGCAUCUGAUAAUGGUGCUGUCCAGCUUCUUGGAAUUGAGGCUUCUAAGCUGCCCAAGUCUCCUAAAAUCCAUCCUCUACAAAGCAGAAUUCUAGAUCAGAAGGAGGACGGUUGUGUUGUGGAUAUGCAUCACUUCAACUCUGGGGCACAGUCUGUUCUUGCCUAUGCCACUGUGAAUGGCUCUCUGGUUGGCUGGGACCUUAGGUCUUCAAGCAAUGCGUGGACUUUAAAGCAUGAUUUAAAGUCGGGCCUCAUCACUUCCUUUGCUGUGGAUAUCCACCAAUGCUGGCUCUGCAUUGGUACAAGCAGUGGUACCAUGGCUUGUUGGGACAUGAGGUUCCAGUUGCCAAUUUCAAGUCACUGUCAUCCUUCCAGGGCUCGAAUCAGGCGCCUCUCAAUGCACCCUCUGUAUCAGUCCUGGGUGAUUGCAGCUGUUCAGGGCAACAACGAAGUGUCCAUGUGGGACAUGGAGACUGGUGACAGAAGAUUUACUCUCUGGGCCAGCAGUGCACCACCACUUUCUGAAUUACAGCCUUCUCCUCAUAGCGUCCAUGGUAUCUACUGUAGUCCUGCAGAUGGAAAUCCUAUCCUGCUAACAGCUGGCUCAGAUAUGAAAAUAAGGUUUUGGGACUUGGCUUACCCAGAAAGGUCCUACGUUGUUGCAGGAAGUACUAGUUCCCCAUCUGUGUCCUACUACAGGAAAAUAAUUGAAGGCACUGAAGUUGUCCAGGAAAUUCAGAAUAAGCAGAAAGUAGGACCAAGUGAUGACACCCCUCGAAGGGGCCCAGAGUCCCUGCCCGUGGGACAUCACGACAUCAUCACCGAUGUCGCCACAUUCCAGACAACACAGGGCUUCAUCGUAACUGCUUCUAGAGAUGGGAUUGUGAAGGUGUGGAAAUAAAAACCUACUGAUUUGUAUAAAUUGUAAUAAAGUUAUAAAUAUACUACUAUAACUCAAGAGAAAAGGCAUUUCUAGAGAACAGAUUCAUUUGCUUAAUUUUCAAAAUUAUGUCUCUAUAUUACUGUUUCAUGACUAAAUGACACCCAAAAUGGUUAAAAAAGAUGUACUUGACUAGUUUACUUAUGCAUCUCUCUCUUUGCAAGAAUCAGCCAGCCAACAAUGUCUGGGAUUUUUAUUGUAUAUGUUACAAAGGUGAGAAAUGUAAAAUAUGAAAAUGAAUAUGUUUAUUUUGUAUUGAAAAAGAUGGUUGAAAAGAUAAGGUUGUAAGCUAUUAUAGUAUAAACACAUUUUUGCUAUUAAAAAUGCUAUUCAAAGCAGUUAAACGGUA